UACCGCAUCGAGCUGCGUCAAAACAUUUUCGAACGCCUCAGCAAACGGUUGUUUUCUCUCCGUAAAAGAAGUUGAAGUCGAAGAAGUGAAAGAAGAAGAAGAAAAAGAAUUCCAAGGAAACAGUUCAAAGAGUGGAAGAAAGAAAAGUGUAAUACGCAAAAACGAACUUACCAUAAACAUUUUUUUACAUGUUUUUAAGUGAAGUUAUUUAUCCCUUCAUAAACCGGUUGUUAAAUGAACAGUAAAACAAUAAAAACAAACAAAAUCAAAGCAACGUUGCACAUUUUCUUGAUUCAGUGCGUAUAAAACUGCAUGCAGAUAAACAGCGUAUAAAAACAGCAAAAAAAGCAGUCAAACAGAAGAAGAAACAGAAGAUAAAACAAAAAAUGGCCUUUUCCAUUGUUAGCCGCAACAUUUUGCGCACUUCGAGGGAAAUUCUGGAACGAAAUAUGGCCGCAACGGUCGGUGCACUCCAGCAGCAACUGACCGCCGCCUCCCUGCCGCCCUCACCCACACACAGCGAUUGCCAUCGCCUUCUACUCGUAACUGGUGGAAAUGGAGCCCACCCGCUGCUAUGGCAUCAAAUGCCAACAGCCGUGGUCCAGGCCGUGCGCAAAUAUUCAAAGAAAUCCGCCGGAGCGGCCCGUCUACGCCGCGAGGAGGAGAGCGACAGCGAUGCAGACUCGGAUGAUGAGUUUGAGCAGCGCCGCCAGAAGACAAGCUCCAAGAGAAGCGAGCGGGGUGAUUCCGCCUUCUGGCGCCGCAAAAUGCGCACUCUACAUCGCAUCAUGGACGUGAACCAUGACGGCGUCAUCUCGUAUGAUGAUUUCAGUUUGCUGGCCAAACGAUUCAACGAUCUGGGACACCUGACGCCCGAGGUGGCUGCCGAAUUCAAUGACGUGAUCAAGCAGACCUGGGAGGAGCAGUUCGGGGAGAUAACCCCAUACAAUCUGGUCACUGCUGAACAGUUUCUGGCCGAUUUGCAUCAUCGUCUCAACGACAAGAAGAUGGCCAAGCGCAUUGGACGCUUUCUGCCCUACUUGUUUAAGGCUGUGGACUUUGAUCACACUGGCCAUCUGGAUCUCGAACAAUACAAGCUCUUCUUCCGCUGUCUGGGACUGACCGAAGACGAUGCUGCCGUUUCCUUUGCUGUGAUAGACAAGAACGGCGAUGGCCAAUUGUCGCUCAAGGAGUUUGUGCACUUGGGCCGUCAGUUCUUCCUAACCGAGGACGAUACAAAGAUAUCGAAGAUGUUCUGGGGACCGCUGGUUGCUGAUCAUUGACGUGUUGCAGUCACUGCUGUAGAAUACUCACAUGAACAACAACAAAAUGUGAGACAACAUCAUGUUCACGAUGCACGAUGCAACAAUGAGCCAAUGCUGCCCCAAACAACAACAACAACAACAAAGACAACGACAACUAGCCAUCAGUCGUUGCCAACACGCGUGCAGGUGGCACGCGGCAGUUGGCCCUAUCUACAGCAUGUGGCGCCUCAUACAAACAGCAACAAUCGAAACAACAACAGCAACAACAACAAUACGAUCAUUAUAAGGAACAUGAGCAUUUACGACUAUUUACGGCAAGAGUGGAACCACACAGGCAAGCGCUAUCGUCGGCAAUCGGAGAGCGAUGAGGAUCCAACGCCCAGUCCCAAAGUGCGAAAACACAACUACAGCAACUAUUAUCAGAGGAGGGAGCAGGAGCGCGAAAGGGAGAGUAAUGGUGGGACAGGAAAUAAGAAUUCAGUGGAAGACUAUGAUAUAAGAUUUUUUUUCUACCUUAAUUCGCUAAUACUAUUCACGGUAUCGUGCCGCAAGUACGAGGGCGAUGACCUAAAGCACUUCAUUGUCGAACGCAUACGUAAAUUUGAUCGGGUGCGCCGCAAGGCUCGCAAACGGCGCAAGCGACGGCCCAAGCAAAUGCUGGCAGCAGAGCAACUGCCAUCGUGUGAACACACCUCCCCAGUCCUCCCUCUGAUUAUCGCUAUCCCCCCCUAAAACUAUUCGUAUAUGAUAUCUAUUAUUUUUUUGCCUAGUUAAGAGUUACGUUUAAUAACUGAUAUACAAAACCAACAGCAAACAUGAUAUGUAACAAGAAUAAAACUGAUUUUAAUUUGUAAUCGUAA